UGAAGCUGGCAGUGAACGCUGCAUCAGACCCACAGAACGAGUGUUUCCCGGGCUACCUGAAAGAUGACUCACAUCUUGGUUUUAAGAGAGAAGGACGCGGGAGCGCGCCCGGAGCCCGCGGACGCUGGGCGGGAGCCGGGUGCUCCUGGACCGGCUCCCGGAGGAGCAACGCGGCCUGGGGCCUCGGCGACCGCUUGCUGUCGCUUCUGCUGCCAACGCCGAGCAGGAACCCCAGCCCGAGCUUCCCCCUGUGGUCCAGCAGAGGCGGGGCAGGUAUGCAAGCCUGGACGUCUGAGCCCGCCCAGAGCAGUGGAAGCUGGGCAAGAGCCCGGUGCUCCUGGACCAGCUACCCAAGGAGGAACGCGGCCUGGGGUCUGGGCCGCCACUUUCUGUCACCUCUGCUGCCUUCACUAGUCAGAAAAUCUCAAUUCCUGGAGAACUACCGGGUCUUGUUAGGAAACACCCAGCUGUACCAGCACACCAGGCACACCCAGAAGAUACCCGUGAGCCAGAUUAUCGUGUACCCAGACUUUGAUAAGUUUCACCCUUUUGGGAAUGACAUAGCCAUGUUGCAGCUGCUCUUUCCUGUGAACUUCACCUCCUACAUCAUCCCCGCCUGCCUCCCAGCUCCUUGCAUGCAGCUGCCCAGUAACUCGUCCUGCUGGAUAACGGGCUGGGGCAUGCUCAGUGAGGAACGUAAGGGGGCAUGGGAGAGACCAGGGGGCAGAUGAGGGCGGGGAGGAGGGGCAGGGAGGGGAGGAGGACAGAGGGGUCCCCAGGCAAAGUGGCCGCUGGACCUUGGCUUGCCGUGCCUCAUUUCCAGAGGACCGGACUAGUCUAGUUCUAGUUCUGAAAGUGUGUGAUCCUAAAGCUUCAGUGCUCCCUGAGUCCAGAUCUCCGCAAGUCUGGGAAUCUGACUUUUGGACUCAAGGAUUGUGUUCUUGGAGUCUUUCUAAGGCUUGACUCCAAGAUUUUAAUCAACCAUGGAUGUCAGAUGACUUGAUUCAACUCAGAAGUCAUGGUUGGGGCCUGGACCAUUCCAAGCCACUGACAAACACUCCUAUUUCCCAUUGCCAUAGGAGGCACUUGGGAAAACUGGAGAGGAAACACAUUUAUGAACUCUGACCUCUGACCUCUGAGCCUGCAGGAUAAAGUUAGAAUAAUUAUGACCUGAGAGUGUUUGACCUCUCUGAAGCUCGCUGUGCUGUUCUUCCAACACAGGUCAACUAUCUACUUUGUAGGCUUAUUCAGUGAACUGAAUAAUGCAGGAAAAAGGUGUUUUUUUAGGAUUGAAAAAGGAGAAGUGUAGGCAAAGACUUAUAAGCAAGAGUCUUUAUUAAAGAAAGGAAUGUUCAUGGUUUGGGAAAUGCUUACAGUGCAAAAUUAAGUGGAAAAAGCACAUAUAUUUGUAAUUAUUUGGUACGGUGUUUCUCGGCAGAGGUGCUGCAGGCAUUUUGGAUGGACCCUGUCUUCACUGGGUAGGAUGCACCUGCUAGUGUGUCAGUAACUCUCCCUGUCAUAGGAUAACCAGAUCCCCAGUAUUCCCACACCAUACACACGCGCGCGCACACACACACAAACAGAAAUACACCAACACAACACACCACGCUCACACCCACAAAUACACACACAGAGACUGCUUCCCCUUGAGGGCAGGGACCCUGUCUUGCUGGUUUAAUGUCCCAACCUGUGCCCAGGGCCUGGCCCUAGCAGGUGCUCUGCUGCUGCCCCCAGGUCCUAGAGACCGUCAUUCUUGCCUGCACCUCCAGACCGGUCUCCAGCUCCACCCUGUGCGCUCUGCUUUAGUCCCCACCAGCUGAAUGUUUGCUUCAGAGCAGGGGUCGUGUCAGUCCCCUGCUCACUACCCUCAGUGCCUUCUCACUUAUGCUUCGAAAAAGGUCCAGACGCCCUACCUCGGCUCUGCAUAACGGCCUCCAUCCCUCUGUGCUUAUCUCCUGCUGCGUCCCGUGCACUCGUGACUGCCCAGCCGCAGGCCUCCUUCCUGCUGUGAAUGUGCCGCAGCCACUCCAUCGGGGCGUCACCGUGGCUGGGCUCCCGGCCCCGAUUGCUCUCCCUGCUCUCCUGGGCACGACUUGCUCAUCUUGGCGGGACUCGUUCCUUUACAUGAACAACUCGGCUCCUCCUCUGAGGAGUUUUACUGGAUCACAUGAGCAAAAAUAGACAACCCCUACCACCACAGCUCCCUGUUGCCUUUACAUCACUUACUAGAUCUAAAAUCAUUCUAUUCACUUCACUUCCCUGUAUCCCCCAACUGAGUAUGUUCCCCUGUAUCACUAGUGUCUAAAAGACACUAAACACAAGGACAAAUGAAUAAGUGAGUGAGUAGAUGGGAGGAUGGAUUGGGGAGGGGGAGGGAGGAGGAUGAGUGAGGGGAAGGGAAGAUGGGGGGUGCGUAGGUAAGAGGAUGGUGGGCAGACGGAUGGAGUGAGUGGACACAUCAGUAGGUGGAGGGGGGAAUGGAGAGAUGGGUCAAGAGAUGGGUGGAUGGGCAAAUGGAUGGAAGGGUGAGUGGGUGAACGGGACAAAAGGAGAGCUAGGUAGAUGGAGGGAGGAUUGGUGGGUGGAAGGAAAGGUUAGUGAUAGACAAACGGAGAACGGAUGGGAUGGUUUGUGAAAGGGCAGGCAGGCUGCUGGAUGGUUGCUGAACACCCGUGAAGGGUAUGUGUUGGUGGGAUUUGCGGAAUAGAAGAGGUGUGGUCUGUUACCAUGAGAGAGGUGGAGGGAAUAGGAUGAGUUUGGAGGAGUUCAGCAAACAGGAGGGGGCUUCUUAGGCAGAGGUAGGACUGGAACAGUGCUGCAGGCCCAGCUGUGCCGAGACAACCCCGGGCUCGGGGCGCAGCGGCGGGCAGGGCGGAGGAGCGGGGAGCGCGGAGCGGCCCGGAGCUGAGCUGCAGCGCACUUCACUCAACUCCUCCUCGUCCUCGCAGGGCCUCUGCUCGAGCCCUUCCGUCUCCAGGAGGGAAAGGGGGGCCUCGUUGAGAACAAGUUCUGCAAUAUGUUAUAUGAACAAAGAGUUGGCCAAGGCAGGAACUACUCUGUGCACGAGGAGAUGCUGUGUGCUGGGGACUUCUCGACAGAAAAAGCCAUCUGCCGCGACUCUGCUGGAGGCACUGAAUUCUGUGGUCAGUUCUGCUUCUGAUGGGUAUUCUAGCAGUUUCCAAGCUGUCCAUUUCAUUUCGCUUCCAAAUGUUUCAUAUUCCAUUUCAUACAAGCCCAUGAGGAGAACUGUUGGAUUGAAAGGGUGAUUCUGGGGGACCCCUUGUCUGCAACCUCACCGAUGCCUGGGUUCUGGUGGGGCUGGCCAGCUGGGGCUUGGACUGCCGACAUCCCAUCUACCCCAGCGUCUU